GUCUCACUCCGUCGGCGUGCGUUUGAGGGGACGGGCAGGAGGAGUUGCUGGAGCCGCCGGGGCGAUACUACGCUAAAAAUCGCUGUUGGGAGGAGGCUUCAUCAUUGCACAUUACGUUUAAGAUUAUAAAACGGGAUUGCCGGCGACACAAUUUCAGAAAUACUGACUUUUUUCUACCCAGAGACUUGCAAUAAUUUGCCUUAUUGCAUAGUUUGAUAGCUUGCUACCUAUCAAUUGAAACCAAGGUGUGGGUAACAUUUGGGGAGCUAGUUAUUUGCUAAUACCUCACUCACAUAACCAAAUAGAUCUCUAAAAAACGGACCGCCGUCGUACCCCUCAACGCAAACAUCACCUUGCUCCGUAGCUAACUGGGCUAGCUGCUCCCUCUGCUGUUACGAGCCAACGUCGUCGGCUAGCAAAGCUAACUUGACCGCUGGGAGUCGGUAUCGUUACACCCAACCCCUCUCUCCCUCCACCCCCAUCACCUUUACCCCCUCUCCUUACCAUCCGAAACGCUGGAAAUCCGCAAGCGGCCGGAGAGCGGCGACGGGCCGGCGAAGCUGGGGGUGGUAGCGGUACCGGACGCGCAGGGAGUCGGAGCGGCCGCUGAGAGGCACAGUCGCGGGGACGGAGCGACGGCCAUGGACGGGCUGGCGGUGGAGGUGCGCGGCUCUAACGGGGCCUUCUACAAGGGAUUUAUCAAGGAUGUGCAUGAAGACUCACUCACAAUAGUAUUUGAAAACAACUGGCAGCCCGAGAGGCAGCUGCCCUUCAGUGACGUGCGACUGCCGCCCCCCUCCGACUACCACAAGGACAUCGGCGAGGGUGACGAUGUGGAGGUGUACUCCAGAGCCAACGAACAGGAGCCCUGCGGCUGGUGGUUGGCUCGGGUUCGAAUGAUGAAGGGAGAGGUGAGUCAGGGACUGUUCUACGUGAUUGAGUACGCCGCGUGUGACGCCACCUACAACGAGAUUGUCACGUCGGAGCGGAUUCGGCCGGUCAACCCCAACAGCCCGUCGUCCCGAAGCUCCUUCCACAAGGUCCCCAUCGCGGUACCCGAGGAUCUGAGAGACAUCUGUGUGAAUGACGCCGUACACAAAGACUUCAGGAAGGCCAUCGGAGCCAACUGCAUCUUCUACAACUCUACUACCCAUGAGCUCAUCGUACUGUCCACAAACGAGUCGACCGUGAAGCGCGCUGCCCUGCUGAGUGACAUGCACUUCCGCAGCAUCCGCACCAAACUCAUGCUGAUGUCCCGAAACGAGGAGGCCACCAAGCACCUGGAGACGAGUAAGCAGCUAGCAUCUGCAUAUCAGGAGGAAGUGAGGGUCAGGGAGGACCUGAUGGGAUUGGCUAUUGGUUCCCAUGGCGCCAACAUCCAGCAGGCCAGGAAGGUUCCGGGAGUAACUGCCAUCGAGCUGGAGGAGGAGAGCUGCACCUUCAGGAUCUACGGAGAGACCCCAGAAGCGGUGAAGCAGGCCAGAGUGUAUCUGGAGUUUAGGGAGGACUACUUCCAGGUGCCCCGCAAUCUCGUGGGGAAGGUGAUCGGGAAGAACGGCAAAGUCAUCCAGGAGAUCGUGGACAAGUCGGGCGUGGUGCGAGUCCGAAUCGAGGGAGACAACGACAAAAAACUUCCCCGAGAGGAGGGCAUGGUUCCGUUUGUGUUUGUGGGAACGAAGGAGAACAUCAGCAACGCGCUGGCUCUGCUGGAGUAUCACGUGGCGUACCUGCAGGAAGUGGAGCAGCUUCGUCUUGAGCGGCUGCAGAUUGACGAGCAGCUGCGGCAGAUGGGGGUGGGGUACCGCGUGCCCCCUAGUCGCACCGGCGGCCCCGGGGCCGGAGAGAGGGAGCGAGGCUACCUGACGGACGAGAGCAGCAACUCCAUCCACGGCUCACGCACCUACGGGGGCCGGGGACGCGGCCGGCGCGCCUCUAACAGCCAGUACUCCGGAUACGGUACCAACUCUGAGCUCUCCAACGCCUCGGAGUCAGAGGAGGUCAGCGAGAGGGAGCCUCGGCCUCGCGGAGUCGGGGGGGAUGAGAGGGGGUCCCGCCGUGGUGGCCGGGGGCGGGGCAGCACUGCCAGCACCGGGCGGGGUCGCGGCGGGCCGGGGGGGAGGCCCGUCAGCAGCACCAUCAGCUCAGUGCUCCGGGACCCCGACAGCAACCCGUACUCCCUGCUGGAGGGCGAGGGUGAGCAGGCGGGCGACACGGAUGCCAGCGAGGGCGCGGGCGCCGGGGGAGACCGCCGGAGACGCUCGCGCCGCCGCCGUAACGACCAGGAGCCCAGCGUGAUGGACGCAGCAGCCAACGAAUCGGACAGCCAGGCUGCCGUCAGCGAGAACGGGCUGGAUGAGGACGGCAGACCCCAGCGCCGCAACCGAAGCCGCCGCCGCCGUAACCGUGGCAAUCGUCCUGAGGAGGGCUCCGCGAGCCGUGACAGACAGCCAGUGACCGUGGCAGACUACAUCUCCCGUGCAGAGUCCCAGAGCCGACAGAACCUCCCACAGAAAGAGGAGACACAGCCUGCUGCUGAGCCCAAGGAGAACGGCAGCAGCACCACGGACGAGCGCACGCCAUCCAAACGUUCCCCUAGCAAUGGAGUGGCCACGCCCAGCGAGACCCUGGCCCUGGUGAACGGAGUGUCCUAAAGGCACCACCGGGCCUGAAACCACGUCCAGAGCAAGACUUCAUGGCAACUCUGCCCCGCUUGCAUUUACGUAAACCUUAAAACAGAUGAGGGAAAUACCGACAAAAAAGUGAAUUCAUACGAGAGAAAAAAAACAUACAAAAAACUACAAAGCAUCUACUUAAACAGACGUAAGAGUGUAUGUUAUCCUAUCUAUCAGUACUUAGUGCUUAUUUAAAACUAGCUUGCCAAAAAAGAGCUGGUGGAUAUGACGUGAUUUUUAAGAAAUACUGAACACAGAAACAGGACGUGACUAUCUUUUUUUUUUUUUUUUUUUUUUUGUUUUGGUGGUUCUUUUUUAAUUUAAUUUUAUUUUUUGUUCUCACUGGUUUGGACUUGUAGUCGCGCUCCCAGAGAUCCGCCGUGUUACAGGAGAGCGAGAGAAAGGGGGAGGGGCCGGGAGAGACUGCAGAUAUUACUGACAGGUGUCUUAACCACUUAGAGGUAGGGGGCGGAGAUGGAAAAAAAAAAUUGACAAAGUGACGAGUGUAUUGAAAGAGACAUUGUGCCUUGAAUUUGAAAACUUGAGUUUUUUUUUCCACAGGAAGAUAGAGGUUUUUAUCUUUCGUUUUUUGCCUGAUGAGAGGAAAGAACAGACAUAAGGAGAGAGAGAGGAGGCAGAUGAGUGCAAGGCCAUAAAGGAAGCAGGGAGGGGUCGUGCCAAAAACGUUUAAGGCGCUUGUUCUCAGGAAGGAGGUGGGACUGUGUGCUUGUGUGUGUGUGUGUCUGUGAGUGUGUGCAUAUAAGUGUGUGUGUGUGUGUGUGUGUGUGUGUGGGGAGUAGAAGGAGGCGAGGGGAAAACAACAAAACUGAAUGGACACAAAGGUUGAGGAGGUGAUCCUUUGUGCUUUGGAAGUCAUCAGGUAGCUUUUUUUUUUUUUUUUUUUUUUUC